AUGAUACACAUACUUAAAUCAGUUAAAAAAUUAAGACCAUUGAUUAAUAAUAAUAAUAAAUUAUUUUUUUCAAGUUCAACAACAACAACAACAAUAAUUAAAAAACCAGGAAUUUUUAAUAAAUCACAAAAUAUAUAUGAUAAACCAUUAAGAAGAGUAUUUUUUAAUGUACCAGGAAGUGAUAAAAGGAAGAUUGAUAAAUCAUUAGCAUUAUCAGAUACAAUUGAUUCUAUUGUAUUAGAUUUAGAAGAUGGUGUAUCAGUUAAUAGAAAACAAGAAGCAAGAGAUACCAUCCAAAAAGCAGUAGUUGAAGAAUCAUUUGGUAAAGCAGAGGUUUUGAUUAGAGUGAAUUCAGUGGAUAGUGGUUUAUUAGAGGAUGAUAUCGAUAUGAUUGGAAAGAUUUCAUCAUAUAUUGACGGUUUAGUUAUACCAAAGGUUGAACAUCCUGAUCAUCUCAUUUACAUCACACAAUUAUUAAGAGAGAAAUGUGGUGAAUCAAAUGCAAAUAAUUUGAAAUUUAUGGCAUGUGUUGAAUCUGCCAUCAGUUUAAUUAAUUUAAAAGAAAUUUGUAAUUAUAAUGAAAAAAUGAAUAGUAGCAAUAACAAUAAUAAAUCACAAUUAAAUGCAUUAAUAUUCGCAAGUGAGGAUUAUUGUGCAGAUACAGGUAUAACUAGAACACCAACAGCAACAGAAUUAUUAUAUGCACGUAGUAGUGUAGUUAAUCAUGCAGUUGCAAAUGGAUUACAAGCAAUUGAUAUGGUUUGUAUAAACUAUAAAAAUUCAGAAGUAUUAAAAAAAGAAACUCAUGAAGGUGUUCAAUUAGGUUUCCAUGGUAAACAAGCUAUUCAUCCAAAUCAAAUCGAUAUCAUCAAUCAAUCAUUCCGUCCAUCAUUAGAGAAAUUCAAUUUUGCCACUAAAAUCGUUGAACAAAAUGAAAUUCAUCAAUCACAAGGUAAAGGUGCUUUUGAAAUUGAUGGUAAAAUGAUUGAUAUGCCAAUGGUAAAAUGGGCAAGAAAUAUUCUCUCAAUUGAAAACUUUUAUCCACCAAGAGAUUCAGAAGAAAUUGAACAACAACAACAAUAA